GUUUUACGCUCAGUCCGCGAAAAAUCGCCGUGCACGCCGUACGCGUACACGCGUGCGACAUCAUAUUGUACGACCGAUCGUCGUCGUCGUCGUCGUUGUCGCCGUCGCCGCCGUUUCCGCAAACGUAUAUAAACGCGCGACACCGGCGGCCGCUACUAACAACUAGGGGGUUAUUAUACGCUCUAUAAUUAUUUCUGUUGUUGUUGUUUUCGUUGUUGAUGCUGUUGAUGUUGUUGUAGUGUAGUGGGCUUACACGCGCGGUUUACCCGUCACGCGAAGCGACCACAAUGCGGCCGCUGGAGACGUGUCCGAUACACUAGUAUAAUGUAAUUUUAGUGAAACCGCCUGCAAAUACCGAACAUUUCUCGGUCGCCGAAUUCUUUCGGUUUGUAAUUCAUUGCCGAAAAAACGUCCGGUAUCUGGAGGGGUCUGUUAUUAGGUGAGGUUUCACCUUGCAUUAUAAUAAACUAUCUCGACCGAGCUCAAAGCGCGUCAUCGCUGUCGUCGUCGUCGUCGUCGCGGUCAACGACGGCGGCGGCCGCGACGUUAGCCGUGGCCAUUACGGCGGCCGCUGCCGUGGCGUGGUACGCUUCCGACGGUGGGCCGCCGCCGCCACCGACGCCGGCGGUGGCCGACACGGUGCUGAUCCACACAACCAUGUGCGCGUGCCAACUGCUCGCGUUCACGGCCGUCGUGUACGUGCUGUCCGCGUGCUGCGGCGUGCACGUCAUACGCGCGGCCACCUGCCGCGGCGGCAGGCGUACCGCUUGUCACCGCUACCCCGGCGGCCCGUUGUCCGAACCCGUGACCACUCGAGACUCCGACUCUGCGGAAGGCCUGCGUCACGACGGUGGCCACCCUUCGCAGACGUGCGCCGACAAUCACGUGCCCUACCGACGCAGGAAGAUCAGAUCCGCCGCGCCACUGUUACAGCGGUCUGAACCACACGAAUCGGAAUUGUUCAAAAGCGUUACCGACAACAACCCCGAAGACUUAUUAAAAUCGUCUGACUCAGACCUGGACGAACCGUUGGACUAUAAAGAGAAUUCCUAUUUUCCAGUCCGAGUGGGAUCCGUCAUCAACGACCGUUAUCACAUAAUAAAGAAACUGGGUUGGGGUCAUUUCUCAACAGUUUGGCUCUCUUGGGACGACGUGGCACACAACUUUUCAGCUCUCAAGGUCGUGAAAUCCGCAGUUGACUACACAGAAAGUGCGUUGGAUGAAAUACGAAUGUUGAAAAGUAUAUAUCGUCACCGAGAUUUGGAUACGAACCGUACAAAGAUCAUUCAGUUGUUCGACGAUUUCCGAAUAGACGGUUUGCGGGGCAUGCACGUGGUCAUGGUAUUCGAGGCGCUGGGACCCAAUUUACUUAAGCUCAUCAAGAGGACCAACUAUCAGGGGAUACCUCUGUACUUGGUGAAACAUAUCAUCAGACAAGUGCUGCAAGGGCUGAAAUACCUUCACGAGACUUGUCACAUAAUUCACACGGACAUCAAGCCUGAGAAUAUAUUGAUUUGUGCACAACACCAAUACAUAAAGCUAACAGCCGAAAACAGUUGCAAACAAAUGUCUAUACUGAGCCUACGCAACAGAAAAUGUGGAAAAAAUACCGCCGAUGAAAGAUUACAGGGUAAUUAUCGAUUAGACGGAAUUCGAUCGGAACAAUCGUUGGACAUGGAAAGCGAGAGUUAUGCCGAAUCAAAUUGCUACUUUAGAAAAAUUAAUAAGUUCAAAAGAUUAUACGAAUUGUUGGAUGAUUUGGGAAGUGUAAAUAUCAAAAUAGCUGAUCUUGGUAACGCUUGUUGGGAGGAUAAUCACUACACAGAAAAUAUUCAAACUCGUCAAUACCGAAGUCUGGAGGUUCUACUAGGUGCUGGAUACGGCACACCUGCAGACAUUUGGAGCACAGCUUGUCUGGCAUUCGAGCUGGCUACUGGUGAUUUUUUAUUCGACCCGCACUCUGGGGCCACUUACAACAAAGACGAAGACCAUAUAGCCCACAUAAUCGAGCUCUUAGGCCAGAUACCGAUGUACGUGAUUCAAAGCGGCAAACACUCCAGCAGCUUUUUCAGGACCAACGGCAAUUUGAAGCACAUCAGUAACUUGAAACCAUGGUAUCUGUACGACGUGUUGACAGAGAAAUACGAGUGGAAUACGAAGGAGGCCAAAGCAUUCUCAUCGUUUCUGACACCAAUGUUGGACUUGGAUCAGGAUAAUCGAGCUUCGGCAACCCAAUGUCUCUUGAACCCGUGGAUGUUAGCAUAACGUAUUCGUCAUUCGAUUAUAAAUAAUUAUAUUAUCAUAAGUAGGUAGUUAUAGUGAAAUUUCCAUUAUUAUGUUAUACAUGUGUGUGUUUACGAGUUUUUCAGUUUUAAACUAAUUACACAAACAAAUGAUUAUACUUAUACAUUACAUACAUACUACAUACAUACCUACAUCUAUAUAUAUAAUAUUUAUAUUAUAUAUAAUAGUACCAACUGUAUAUGCUCGUAUGUAUACUGCGUACUCUAUAUAACACCAAUUAAGUUAUAUUUAAAUGUUGUAAAAAAUAUAUACGUAAUAUACUCGUGUAUGGCUAUGUAUUUUUUUUUACGAUAAAAAAAGAGAUGGUCGGAUGGACAUUGUUAGAUUUCGUUUUUUCCCAUAAGAAAAACGGGCUAACCAUAAUAUAAUGCCUCACGCACUUCAUCUAAAUAUUAUGACUCAAUUUUCACUUGUAUAUAUAUUGAGAAUUGGCAUACUUAACAUUGUAUUAAAUGAUACCUACUUUAAAAAUGUAUUGUGGUUCCAAUUUAAUAUUAGUAUCAAAAUUAUUAUAUUUACAAUGUAUUAAUCUUGAACGAACUAUGAUUUCAAUGAAUGUAAAAUCUUUAUAAUGAAAUACGAGUUGAUUGAUUUAACAGUAAGACAGUAACUGUCAGUAAGACAUUCAAUAAUAAUGACUGUGUUACGUUUGUCGAUUAACCAGUAGUUCUUUUUUUAUAACUAUUAUUUAUAUAUUAUUGUGUAACUUCGAAUUCGACCUAAAUUCGCUGCCCUUUUCACAAGACACAAAUUGUACAUGUCGUUUAUGACAUUUAUGUAUAUUUAAGUAUAAUUUUUAAGUACCUACUCGUAUAAUACUUACAACUUACUACAUAUCACCAGCUAUCAAAUUAAUUUAACGUUCUAUUAUCUUAUGUGGUACUUAUGUUAAUUUUAUUACAAGCCAGGCAAAAUUUUAUUUAUGCUGCACAAUAUUAACAAUUAAUCUAUUAUUUUGUGAAAUAUCUCAUAUCCCUCUCAGAUCUCAUAGCUCAUAGACAAAAUUAAAUUGGAGCUUUGUGGAAUCUGCGCGUACCCCCUACCCCCCGAAAAAAAGAACAUAAUAAUUAAUUUCACAGUCGACAUAUCCAUAACAGAUAUUAUGGGCCAAAAUUGUUUCAAUUAAAAUUUUAAAAAAUUUGCUUAUAAUUACAUUAUAUUUCUUGGUUAAUAUAAAACAUUAAUAUAUUUAAAAAAAGUAGGUACUACUGCUUGGAU